AAAUAAAGGCCUGCCUCUAAUCCAAGCCUGCCUCAGAUGAAGGCCUGUUACUUCUGCACCUUAGGUAAAUAAAGGCCUGCCUCUAAUCCAAGCCUGCCUCAGAUGAAGGCCUGUUACUUCUACGGCUUAGGUAAAUAAAAGCCCUGGCCGCUAUGUGAGGAAAUACGUUGUGUACUAAGAUUUACAACAUGCCUCAAGCUUCACACAGAUCUGCAGUGCUCUUGCCCAGCAUUACACGCCUGUAACUAUGUUAGGGGGAGCUGUAGGAGGCAGGCCGCCCAGCUGUCAGGUGCUGUUCUGGAUGCUCUCCAAACCGUCCUGUGAGUCAGUGUCCUGUUAGACUCCACACCCCCAAGCGCCGCUUCACUGCCAGCCACCGUAGCUGCGGGGGUGGGGGAAGGUGCCAUUCUCUCAUAAAGUUGUAUAAACAUGCAUCUGACAUCACACACCUGGCUACCCCCCCCGAGGCAAACGCUGCCUGCUGGGGUGUGUUACUGCCACCAACAGACACGUGUGCACAGUGCCGUCCGCACAGUAUCCUGCUGGGGAGGGACUGCAAAAUCAAGAUGUUUGCAAGAAAAUGUACAGUAAAGGUCUUUAAAAGCUAAUGAGGUGAAACUGAAAUACUGUAUGUCUGUGAUAUUAUUAUUCAUAAACACAGUAUCUUGUAGAAGCCCUACAAAAAAAAAACACUGCAGGUGUUUCUGGGUAAUUUUCUGCCAAUGCUUGGUGGUGUUUUUGCUCUUGGUUUUUGAUAGAUCUGCACAACCUUUCCCAUGUUCUGGGGGGGGGGGGUGGUUAGCUUCACUCCCAACUAUAUAUAUCUGUGUGUUCAAAGCAGAUGAAGAGAUACUGACCAUGGAUAUUGGGGGAAAAAAGCAGCCCAGUGCCCAAUGUACCUGCAUGUAAUGGUACACAUGGGAAUGGCCAAUGAAGCAUUGCUUCGUUUGUCAUAUUUCUCAUGGACACAGUUAAAGUCUUUGCGUAGAUUGUCUGUUGCUUUCAGGACAGAAUGUCUCCUCACCUUCUCAAGGACGUCCGAUGUCUUUAUUCUUAGCCUGUUUCUCCACAGCCUCGUCCUUACUCUUUAUAUCACUGUCCCACUGAAAGAAAAGUUUGCCCCAGUUUUGUAUUUUUAGUUGAUUGAAAGUUCCUCCGGGAUUUAUCUGAAGUGAUAUCAGCACUUGCUUCUUUCCAGUGGAACCAGCUCCCCGCUACAUGCCUUAGCUGCUGCUGUGUUGUGUAUGUAAUAGUAUAUUGGGUGUAAAGCACAGCUCUGGGACUGCAGGUGUAGUGUUGGAAAUUUCAUACAGGGUUUGAGAUUAUUUUAGCUUAUUUUCCAUAAUGAUCUCUGUCUUUCCCCCUACGAUUGAUGUGUUCUAAUUAUCGUUGAUCAGUGUUCCGUUUACCCAUUGCAGCCAAUGGACUCGCUAAUUUGUGUGGAUGCUGAAUCUGAAUCACUGAUCUACGCCACAUGUGGAGUAAAAGGCACCCUUCCUGCUCCUUGGUGACUAGCAGGGAUAUUCAUAGACUUUUUAAAAAAUGUUCUUCUGAUCUCUACGCUUCAUUGUCAUUGUGCUUCACUUUGUUUUGAAAGUUCUCUGUUUUCUUUUUUCAAUAUUUGUUUGAAAUUCAUGAUUAAUAUAUCUUUGUUUCUAGCGUUGCUAUAAAUGCGUGGUUACAGGUUGUAGUUUGUGUGUGUGCUGAGUUCUAAUUCCUUCUUUAAACUAUUACUGUGAGUUUAGAGUAGCUGAAUAUCAUUUGUCUUUUGUCUGUUUUAGGAAUCGCAUGACUAAAAUUCGCUAAGAAGCAGUGUUUUUGUACGAGUAGGACUUAACCCAGUGGUGUAAAAUAUGCCUUGUGUAGAUGAAAGCAGAUAUACAUUACUUGGUAAUACACUAAUUUCUCACUAAUACACAAAUUUUCACUAAGAUCUUGUAAGCACUGAUAACCACCAGAGGUAUAUGUUGGCUUCUUCAUUAAUAUUAAGCCUGAUGUAAUUUACUAAGCUGCAGCUCUGUGUCUGGGUUUGGCACAGUGAACAUUGUGGAAGAUUCCAUUCCUGAUUAUGUAAGAUGGUACAUCCUGUGUGGGAACAAUUGAACAUCUGGUCCCUAGCAGUUACAAAGAUACUUUGUAUGUUGUACAUUUUUGUAUAUAUAAACAGGCCUCAGAUUUGCAAGUGUUAUCUGUUACUCGGCUGGAAAAAAAUGUUUGCUUAAUCGAAACUAAUUUAAAUCAUAAUUCCCUUUUUUGAAAAUGAGAAAGGAUAAGAAGUCUUGUAUUUAAUUUUAAUUUUCUGUGCUGGUAUGUUCAACAGUAUGACAUUGUGGGCCAUUCGGGUGACGGAUUUGACAUUGAGCUCGUAAAAAGUGACAAGAGCCCCAAGAACAACAAAGACAGACUGAAGGUGCUCAAGACCAUGCAUGCUCACUCUCAGUUCUGCAUGAGUGGGGACUACACCCUGGAGGGCACGGAGCAUGCCAUCAAGGAGCUGUCCCGGGAGGAGGCCGACGAGCACUUCGUAAUCGUCCUGAGCGACGCCAACCUGGAGCGUUACGGCAUCCGGCCCGACCGCUUCGCCCAGACGCUAACGAGCGACCCACAGGUUAACGCCUUCGCUAUCUUCAUCGGGUCCCUGGGCGACCAGGCUGAGAGGCUCCAGAAAACGUUGCCGGCGGGACGGUCGUUCGUCGCCAUGGAUACAAAGGAGAUCCCCCAAAUCUUGCAACAGAUCUUCACCUCCACCAUGCUGUCCAGUGCCUGAGAAGGCCCCGCCCCCUUCCUGCGGUCCUUGCUACCUCUAACUAAAGGCCACACCCACCGAAGUCGGCCAUACCACCGCAGUAUGAGUGACCUGCCUUGACGGAUGAGCAGUAAUCUCUGUCUGAAUGCUCUUAUGGAGAAGUCUUUUAUUUGCCUUAGAUAUUUUUGAGUUUAUUAGGAUUUUCAUUGAUGCUAUAGAAUUGCCAGGUGUCGCUAAAAUUACUACCAGACCUAAAUGAACAAAAAUUGUUUAGUUUUCCACUCUGUUUUGCAGUUGACUUUCAAUAUUAAUUGAAAUGUAUUAAAUUAUAUAAUUUUCAAACCAAUAGAAAUUUACUUCUUGUGUUACUGAUAUAUAAAUGUACAUUCUUUUUCUGUAUUGUGUGUAAAUAUUGUCCAGCUUUGUAUUAUUUCAUUGUAUGUACUUUAAGAUAAACAAUACAAGCUGCAAUCGAUAUGGAAAAAUGUAUCAAACGUUUAACAAUGAAUUUCUCACACAAAUUCUCUCCUGUCAGCUCGCCCUGCAACGUGUUUAUGAGACGCUGGUGACCUUGUACGCGCCUUGGAUUAGCGCCUCUUCGCUAAUGAGCGAUUUCCUUCAGUAGCGAGUGGGGGGGUUGGGGGGGGGGGAGACUGGACUCCUUACCACCGCGUGAUGGGGGGGGACAUGUGCAGAAAGCUGGGUCGGGCUACUUUUUCCUGUCAGCAGACAGCGUGACUGGAUCACGCCUCAUCUGCGUCAACGGUUUGCGCUCGUAAAUCUCUCACCCUGUCAAAAGAAAGCCAAGGAGAGAAUUUCAAAGUGCUAUCUGACACUGAGUUCCUUACGCAGCCUGCGACAAACCCCCCCCCCCCCAAAGUAAGUCUUGAGUUUCGUCACCAAUUUGUCAGCACUGGCACUUUCCCUGGACGAGCCCGAGUGCAAAUGUUGAGAUGUGUGUCUGAAGGAGGUUGACUUUUCGCUGUGUGUUGAUUAAGUUCCAGGCCAGUCUGACGCGUAGACGACAUGCUUUGCACAGAGAGACACAGGCGGUGUGGUGGCCAGCAUUCAGCAUUCCCUCCAAAUUCUGUUUUUGCAGGCAGACAUGGGGAAACAGAUUCUGUUUUGCCAUAAUUGCAUGUUUUUCCUCUUGUUCUAGAUACGGACCCAGACUAGCUGCUCCUCCCCAAUCUUCCCUGUCUGCUAAACUCAUGCAUCUCUCUGGUAUUCCCAGAGAUGUUCUGCACUUCUUUAGUCAACAAACAAGUGAAUCUGUUAGCUCCUUUAGCUCCUUCACGCUCCCGAUGGCUCCGGGACAGUGUGACGCCUUGUUAGAUGGCCCUUUUCCUCUAAGACCCAGCUCCGAUUUCAUGUCCCCUUCAACAACACACGGCACUGCCGGGAAGAACCUUUCGGCCCACUUGUGGGGAGUGUUUCAAGAUGGCCGCCCGGCUCACCGUCAGGGAAGAUGUGGCGGCAAGGUGACUCGUAAAACACAGCAGCCAUAUUGUAGUCUGAUUAAUGAAGGGUCCAUUCCUGCUUUUGCCUGCCGUGUGUGUGUGUGUGUGUGUGUGUGUGUGUGUGUGUGUGUGCGUGCCUGCUUUAUUAAGAUAUGUUACCAGAUAUGGCACACUGAUCGCAUCGUGUUCCUACUCCUUACGGGGCCCCGUGGAAAGCUACAGUGUCUAGUGUAAACAUAAAAGCUAGUUAUAUAGUUAGAUCGCCCGGCGUUGCUGUUCAUUUUACUUUUGCCCCACAAUCACUACAUGUUAUACAUUUUCAACCAUUUCUGUCUCUAGGAAUUAUAGACUUGAUAUUAUUGUAACACUUGCAGUUCAUAAAUUAAGAAGUCUAUAAAUUCAGUCCAUUUUCAGUGAUGCAAUAUAAAAAUGGCAACAGAAAUAUAUGCAUUAAAUGCUGUUUGAAAGAAAAGGUUAA